AUGGGUAAGGCUCAACCUUUUGUACAUUUGAGACCUGCCAACCUUGUGCUCAGAGCAUCCGAAAAAGCCAAGAACCGUAACUCUAGCUCUAUACUUCAUGCAAAAGAUCCAUCUAAUUCAUCAGCAUCGCGUUCACCAAUGCUGAGAGUGAAUCUUAACAAGUUUCCAGGUGUGAUAGGGCAUUGCUCGAGCAGAAUCAAUAGAGCUGCAAAUGAGGACUUCUACUCGAUUAACAUGCUUAAACUUCCAGCCUCAGGUCCCGAAAUGAACUGCAUACGGAAUAAAGAUCUACUGAACAAACGGGAGUUUUGGAACUCUCAAUUACCACUCAAGAGAUCGAUUUUGAACUUAUCAGUAUUUGACGGUCAUGGAAGCGACCGGGUCGCAAAGCUGCUGGCUCAAGAACUCCACAAUGAAAUCGUAGGCACGCUUCCUUCGCGAGAUGCCUUCUUCGAUCUGCUAAAAGAGUAUAAGACCAAAAUAGGUGGGAAUUACUGGAGCAAGAUCUAUGCUAAGCGUGAAGAGUAUUUUCAUCGGUUCAUCUCUAACUGCAACACGAAACAAGAACAGAUUCUAUUCAAGAAGGGAAAUUCUGGAUCACGGAUGAUAUUUGAUUCUUGGGGCAAUAUUAUAGACAAGACAAGCUUACUGACGGAAAACGAAAGACUCAGGCUGUUCACGUCGUUUCUUAAUUUCGACUUGAAGUAUUGCUGCGACCCAAAGAUCGCCCAAGGGCCGGAAAACGAACAGCAAAAACCCAUUGGCGGUUCAACUGCCUCGAGCGUUUUCAUCACCUCUUACCAUGAAGAGGACUCCUUCGACGAAUCGUUUUUUGUCACUCCAGAAGGUCUCUUAAAGCUGGUGGUUACUCAGGUAGGUGACACGAAAAUAGUGUUGUGCGACAAAAAUGGCAUUGCGCAUAGUCUCACAAAAAUACAUCAUCCGUCCUCGUCGCAGGAGUCGAAACGGUUGGAAACGAGCUUUCAAACAGACUCCUUUGGCAAUACGAGGUUUUUAGAUAAUUUUGCAAACACACGGUCCUUUGGUGACUCUGUUGGGAAACAAGAGGGCUUAUCGUGUGAGCCGGAUAUCUAUUCGUAUCUCAUCGGGAGCACAAAGUCGCUGCAACACUCGGAGAUCAGCAAACUCCAGUUUGGGGGAGACGAGUGUUUUGUCUGUCUCAUCACCGAUGGUGUGUCGGACCUCAUAAGCGAUCAAGAACUAGUCGAUCUGAUUACCAGCACGGUGAACAUGCGAGGUUUGAAGACCGCUUCUCCGCAGUAUGUUAGCGAGGAAGUUGUGCGCUUCAUUGCAGCUAUCGGUGGCCGACACGCUGACAACGCUACCUGCCUGGUGCUGAGGUUGUCAAACUGGGGAAACUGGCCCUCUAUAGACCGCACUGGUGCCAUUCGCGAGGAAAAACUAAUGACUGGGUCCUCUGGAAGUGGCAGAUCUAACGUAUGA